AUGCCACUAUAUGAUACGGGUGAUCGAACCAAAUCAAAUCUAUUUAAUUUUAUUCCAACUUUAGUAGAGUUGGUACUGCAAAUCAGUAAAAUGAGAAAGAAUGUUGAUGACAUCAAGGAAGGCGCAUAUUGUGUUGAACUGUCAUCGGGACAUUGCUUGUACUAUGUUGAUCAGGUCACGCUCGACAGAAAUGUGAAGGAACUGGGAUAUCAGGAUGAUCCAUCAUUGGAGCAGAUCACUCAUUUUGACCGUACUAUUGGUAUCUAUGAAGGUGGAUUUAAAGUUUGGGAAUGCGCCAUUGACUUGUGCGAAUAUAUAGAUAAAGCUCUGGAACCACAAAUUUUGAAAGACAAGAAGAUUCUCGAGGUUGGUUGUGGCGCAGGAUUACCAUCAAUUUUGGCAUUGCAAAAAGGCGCUAAGGAAGUCGUUUUGCAAGAUUAUAAUGAUGCUGUUGUCAAUUGCUUUACAAAGGAUAAUUUCACGGUCAAUAAUAUGAACCUGAAGAACUGCCGAUUUUACAGCUGUGACUGGGCUAUACUACAUCAGAAAAUAGAUGGUCAGAAGUUUGAUGUUGUUUUAACAUCUGAAACGAUCUACAACGAAGAACAUUAUAAGAUUUUGCAUGAUUUGUUUGAUGUUGUUCUUCCACCCGACGGAUUAGUACUGCUAGCAGCAAAAAUGUUUUACUUCGGUGUUGGUGGCAAUAUACCAACCUUUCUGGAAUAUGUAAAAGCACGUGGCAUAUUCGAUGCAUAUAUAUGUUGGAGUAGCAAAAGCGAUGUUCCGCGAAAGAUUAUACAGUUGACUCGAAAAUUUUGUUCCUGAGUGAAAUUAUAUUA